GCCGGCAGCACGUCUCACUAGGAUUGCACAAUAAACACCGGGCGCUUCGCUUCUGCCUGAGAGCUUGUUGUCGAUUUUUUUUUUUAACCGGUUCCGUUUGCCAGCUGCUCCUCUGGAACAAGGAGCCUCAGAUCAGACCAACAUGGCCCCCUCGGCUCGACCCAGCAGCUCCGAACUGGAUAUGGAUGAAGACGAGGAGUCCUACUAUGGGAUUCAGAAAGCCGACAGAAAGACCAGGAAGCCUCUGGUGGAGAAGAAGAGGAGAGCUCGCAUCAACGAGAGUCUGCAGGAGCUGCGCACUCUGCUGGAGGACUCAGACGUGAGUUCACCUGAGGUCACCUGGAGCCGAGGUUCAGAGGAGGGUUUUCUGAUGGAGUUUCUAACGUUUGUGUUUCCCACACAGCUUCAUUCCAAGACGGAGAACGCAGAGGUGCUGGAGAUGACGGUGAAGAAGGUGGAGGAGGUGCUGAAGAACCGAAGCCAAGAAUCAGACACCCUCUCCCAGGAAGCCAGCGAGAGGUUUGCUGCCGGCUACAUCCAGUGCAUGCACGAGGUCCACACCUUCGUGUCCACGUGUCCCGGCAUCGACCCCACGGUGGCGGCGGAGCUCCUGAACCACCUGCUGGAGUGCAUGCCGCUGAACGAGGACCACCUGCAGGACGUCCUGAUGGAUCUGAUCACGGACGCUUCUUCUGGGAGUAACAGCAGCAGCUCUUGGCACGGAGGCGAUGAGAGUCUCUGUUCGUCCUCGCUGGCCUCACCCGGAGGACAGAGUAUUUCCUCGUCCUCCGCCCUCUCCCCCGCCCCGUCCACCACCUCCAGUGAGGACCUGUGCUCCGACCUGGACGACACCGACAGCGAGCAGAACCAGAGCUCCAGCGAAGGCCCCGAGACCCCCGUGACCUACCUGAGGUCCAUGUGGAGACCCUGGUAGGGGUUUGGAUAUGUUGGAGCUGCUGAGACCGGAAUAUUCAACCCUACCACACAGAAAACACUUCAAAAUAACAUUUCCUUUGGUGCUGAAACAUGCAUUGAAACCCAUCUUUGUGGUGGUGCAGGAAUGAGUCCUAACACCUGGAAAUGAGUCAGCAUUUACCACUUCCCAUUCUCUCAUUUUAAAGUCAAUGGUUUUUUGAUUGACUAGGGAGACCGGAAUAUUCAACCCUACCACAUAAAAACACUUCAACAUAAACAUUUCUUUGGGUGGUGCAUCUUGCAUUUCUUGGCUCAAUUAGCCCUGGCCACACACAUGGAUUUCUAACUUCUGGAUCCCCUGGAGAUCAAUUUGUCGUUGUGUGGAGGAACCAUCUUUUUCCCACUAUAGAGUGGUGCAGGAAUGAGUAAAAAGACCCGGGAAUGAGUCAGCAUUUUACCACUUCCGGUUCUCUCAGUUUAAAGUCAAUGGUUUUUUGAUUGGUUUUUGGUAACUAGACUGAAAUGAGGUCUGUGGUUAAAACAAGCUGAAGAGAUUUUCACGUUUUGUUCUACGACAUAAAAUACUGCUGAAUGUCCGCUUUUGUGUGUCUUAAAAAGUGGUGUUAGUAUGUGGAGAAAAUCCUGCUGAACAAAACGUGUAAGUAUCAUUAUUUCCACAGAUCAUAUUUUCUGCAAUAUACCAAAAUCCAAUGGAAAAAUCCUAUUGGCUUUUUGUCGAGGGAGCCCUUAGGGUGCUAACUUCCGGGUUUGCUUUAAAAAAUAUGUCAUUAUCGCACCACCCUAUUGAACACGACACGUGUAAAUCGAUCCCACUGCAUUCUGGGAGAUGUAGGAAAUCACUCAGUGAGGUAGAAAUAGAGAAAACACUUAUUAAGUGCUUUGGAUAUCUUGGGAUGUAUUGAGUGUUAAACGAAGGGGUUCCCUUUAUCUCAAUACAGGGGUCUUUCCUGGACGUACACCCCCUCUCUUUCCUUUUCAGUAUGUUGUGACUUUUCCUCACACCUGAAAAAGGAUGAAACAUUCACUUAUAAGCCGGCAAAGGACAGACGAGGAACAGAUCACACUUUCUUUCUUUUUGUAACUGUAUAUAGGAUUUGUAUGUGGAGAAAAGCUCUUGUAGAAACCGAGAAAUUUGGCAAUGACUCUGAUUAAUAUAAAUAUUUCUAUUGUAUUUCAUAAAGGCCUGUAGUUUAUCGGACCAGUAGCCUCCUUCAGAAUGACCACUUUAUGUUGUAACGAUGUGUAGAAAUGCCAGUAAAAUGUCUGAAUUUGAUAAAUAAAAUAAUGUAAGUGAAAA